GGAGAGAUGUUGAUACCCAGCCAGGCCUUCUGCGCAGCCUGGCGCGCACUCUAGUUGUAUCUCUCUAUGCCCUGCCCGAGCCUGCCUACCACAGACCCGUUGUCGACACCGCUACGCUGCUCCCACUAACUUCCCCUCCCUGCCCUACUGGUGUUCGCAGUCUUCGUCUUUUCGCAGGACGAAGACGGGUCCUUUGCCAUCUAUCUCUUUCUCAUACACACAACCCCACCACAAACUUUCAUCAGAGAAGUCCAAUCCAUGUGCACCAGAACGUCACGUGAUUACGAUAGCUGUGACAUCUCGUUGAGAUUGUGCGUACUGCGUUAACAAAAAACAUCACUGUAACAUAAUUGUGAUGUUCUGUGCUUUGUUCACACGUAUUUAUCUAUUCUUUAAAGUGUAAUUCUUAUGAGUGAAAAUUCUCGUAAGAUUUUUUUCAAGUCGUGGAGUAUGACAUUCAAAAUCACUCCAUCUUGUGGUCUUUUCUGAAACUAAAUGCAUCCCUGUUGGGCCACAGCAGGCCACAGUUACUCCGUUCCGCUCCGUCUUGCUACUGUCUGUUCUUCGCUCCAGCUGCAUAUGUUGAAACUUUGGUUAUUUAUAUAACUACAAGUGUGAUGUUAUUUAAUCGGUUUAAAGAACUUUAUUGCAUUUUCAGCACAGAGUCAUGUGAAAUGUAGUGUUGGGAAUUUUGUCAUCUAUGGGUCAUUUGUGUGCUUAAGUGAUCAGUUUGAUCAGGAAGACUAUUUUCUUGGAGUCCUGGAAAUGACUGCCACAGAGAGUACUAUUCGAUUUAGUGGCCAUACUUUGGAUAAGGCCACAAAAGCCAAAGUAACCCUUGAAAAUUAUUAUAGUAAUUUGAUUGCCCAACAUAUAGAACGCAAGCAAAGGUUGGCAAAGUUGGAAGAAUCCUUAAAAGAUGAAGGCCUAACUGAAGCUCAAAAACAAGAGAAACGUCAGCAACAUGCACAAAAAGAAACCGAGUUUCUUCGUUUGAAGCGUUCAAGACUAGGUGUUGAGGACUUUGAGCCUCUUAAAGUGAUUGGACGAGGUGCUUUUGGAGAAGUUCGUCUUGUGCAGAAAAAAGACACUGGUCAUGUGUAUGCUAUGAAGAUAUUAAGGAAAGCUGAUAUGUUAGAAAAAGAACAGGUUGCCCAUGUGAGAGCUGAAAGAGAUGUGUUGGUGGAAGCAGAUCAUCAGUGGGUUGUUAAGAUGUAUUAUAGUUUUCAAGAUCCUAUUAAUUUAUAUCUUAUAAUGGAAUUUCUGCCUGGAGGUGACAUGAUGACCUUAUUGAUGAAGAAAGAUACUCUCUCAGAGGAAUGUACUCAGUUCUAUAUAGCUGAAACUGCAUUGGCAAUUGAUUCUAUCCAUAAACUUGGAUUCAUUCACAGGGAUAUCAAGCCUGAUAAUCUCUUGUUAGAUGCUCGAGGACAUAUCAAGCUUUCAGAUUUUGGUCUUUGUACAGGACUAAAAAAAUCUCAUCGAACUGAUUUCUACAGAGAUUUGAGUCAAGCCAAGCCAUCAGACUUUAGUGAGUAUCAUAUGAGAGCCUCAAGUCCAAUGGAUAGUAAAAGGCGUGCAGAAAGCUGGAAGAAGAAUCGAAGAGCUUUGGCUUAUAGUACUGUUGGUACUCCUGAUUACAUUGCUCCAGAAGUGUUUUUGCAGACUGGCUAUGGUCCAGCAUGUGACUGGUGGAGUCUGGGUGUAAUAAUGUAUGAAAUGCUGAUAGGUUAUCCUCCAUUCUGCAGCGAGAACCCACAAGAGACAUAUCGAAAAGUGAUGAAUUGGCGUGAAACUCUAACGUUUCCUCCAGAGGUUCCGAUAUCUGAAGAAGCAAAAGAAAUUAUUGUUAGAUUUUGCUGCGAGUCAGACCGACGCCUCGGUUCACAGCGGGGUAUGGAUGAGUUGAAAUUGGCAACUUUUUUCCGCGGUGUAGAUUGGGAUCACAUAAGAGAACGUCCAGCUGCAAUACCUGUUGAAGUUAGAUCAAUUGAUGAUACUUCUAACUUUGAUGAUUUCCCUGAUGUUAAAUUAGAAAUUCCUGCUGCACCUCUACCACAGGAUGGUGAAGUCAUCUACAAAGAUUGGGUGUUCAUAAACUAUACUUUCAAGAGAUUUGAAGGGCUAACUCAGAGAGGGACACCUACCAAAAAGUAGAAUAAUUAAAAGGUGCAUUUUAAUAAACUCUCCUUUGCUAAAGUGCUUGGUCAUUUUCCUGUCUCGAAGUAACCAACUUUAACAUACAGCAGCUGUAUUGUAUGUCUCAUUACCAGUGGGUGAAAUAAAAGAUAGCUGCCCUAGAAUUUUCACCCAGAUUUCUGUAGAUGUGGAAAUGCAAUGCCUUUCUUUUCGUCUUGGUAGAUAUUAUUUUGUCUAAACUGUUCAGUUUAUAUAAGGACACAGUAAAAUGAAAAUUCAGUGUUCUGGGGUGGGUACUCAUACCAAAGGGAGAAUUUAACCUUUUGACCUCACCCGUAAGUCAUAUAGAUCUGUAAAUGGCAAGGUAAACUAUUAAUAUAUUGCAUAGCACAUUGCAUACUUGCAGAUUAAAAUGCAGUAGGUAUACCAGUGUAUUCACUUGGAAAUUUGUUGGUUCAUUGUUACCAGGGCACAAGGAUACAAAAUUGAGGUAAUUUUUUUGUUAGUUGUAUUUCUUUUCUUUUCUUCUUUACAAAACGUGUACUUGACUUUAGUUGUGAGUUCACUUGUUUCUUGUUGCUAGUUGUAUUUUCUUGAAAAGGUGAAUUUUGUGGUUAAACAAUUCGGUUGAUGAGGUAAUCAAAAUUUGAAGAGACCAAUGUCCAUUAGUCAAAGUGCCCGCAAGAUACUCAAGUGAGUUCUCCGUCGCUAGUGUUUUUGAAGGGUAAAAUUUUAAUGUUAUGUAUCCUUGAAACUGUGUGUAGUUUGAUUGAUGAUCCUCGUGUCUCCCUUGACAUGCUUUAUCACCAAUGGAUUCAUCCGAUCUCAAAUAGGCUAAAGAACAAAUUAAAUGAUUUUAUUUUGAAUAUGACAGUAUUUUGCAUAUUUAGCAACUAUAUAAGAAAUAUUAUUGCACUUCAAAAGUGCUUUUCUUUCUGUUUUCUUGUUCUUGUUAAAGGCUAUUGGUUGCAUGUUCGUUGUUUGUUGGUUUGGUUUGCUGUUGCUUGUAAAGGUUUUGCACUUUGCAAUGUUAUUGUAGAUGUUAUUUAGCUGCUGUAUGUUGUGCUCUCUAUAUAACGAAGUAUAACUGCAAACAAUGAAGGCAACCAAGUGAAUAUUAUGUCUUUAUGCUCUUGUGUAAUUGGAGGUACAAAUUAUUUUUCUAAGAGUUAUAUAUCUGUUAUUCAUCACUUUUUUCUUUUUGUUAUUUAUUACAAUUUUAAAUUAUGUAUAUAUAUUAUAAUAUAAUAAUGUGAAUUAUUAUAUAAUAAUAUAUACAGAUAUAUAAAUCACAUAUGUUCUGUGUGGAUGAGAGAGUGCUAGUUAAGUGUGAAAGAGCGAGUUAGUGUAGCAAGGCAGAAUGGUUUAAAAUAUUUCUGUGCAUUGACUGUUUUUCAGUAAAAUGUUUUUAUCAUCACUGUUAAAAGACUUAUUGACAUUACUGGAUUUAUCCUUGAGUUAAAAUGUUCUUAUAUUACUUUUUAUUGCAUACUUCGUUUUAUGCGAAAAGAAAAGUUUCUGUACAUACUUGUGUGUGAUUUGUCAAUAAAUGUAUUUGUACAGUGAUAACUAUUUUGAUGGUAGUUCUUUUGCAUUCGAGAAUCUUUCCAAUCCAAGUUUCUGUUAUUGUCAGUUGCUUGAGUUUCAAAAACCGUAGGCAUAAUGUUUUCCGUAUUUAUUGUCUGCCCAUUUCAUAUUGAAAUGAUAUUCCAACUAAACCCUGUCAUGUAUUUAUAUGUAGUAAUAGUACAUUUUGUCAAAAUAUAAGUCACUGUUAAAACAUUUCUUCAUGAAUUUGGUGCAUUAAAAUAUAAUUUUUAACAAUAAAAU